AUGACUUCCCAAAUUUUCCCAGAGUCCACCCUCCUUCAUAACGAGUUGAAGGAAAUAAUCUUUACUCUCGUCGCCUAUGUCACCCGCCUCAAGGACGACCGGUCGAAAAUCAGAUCCCUCAUUUUAAAGAUGAACUCGCAUCUCGUCGAGUUGGGCUUUGACAUCGACAACAAUGCCCUCGGGGGGGCAAAGCCUUCAUCAGAGCUAUAUGCGAUCCUGCAAGAUAAGGAAAGGGCUCAAUUGCUCCUGGUCGGGAUGGAUUGCGACUAUGAGCAGCUGAAUAUCAGAUUAGAGAGGCUUAUCGAAGCCGAGAGAGCGUUUCAGCAGCGGCUGAUGUAA